AUGUCGGGGGACGAGUCAGAGCCGAUUCAAAGCAGUGUGGAGCAAUCCUCUGUUGAUGAGGGUAUGAAAAGCCUUCAUAUUUCCCUGGAAUUAGGUCGUCGCAAACGUGCAAGUAAACGGAAUACAACAAAAGUAAGACAUCAACUUUUCAAACUUGAAAAAUCAUUUGGUGUGUCAAAAGCCACAUUAAACAAAGAAGAGAUUGAGCAUAGAGUAGAGUGUUUGUGGUCGUCACUCGUUACUAGAACAGACACAGGAUAUUAUGGAUGAAUUGUCUGUUUAUUACUUGGGGGAAAAGGGCGGUGAAAAUCAAAAGGCGUUAAUGAAGGAAUCAAACGAACUAGAACUGGAAUGUCAACAAGCGAUCGAAAAGGCACAGGCUGUUCUGAUCUCAGGAUAUUUUGAAAGCAAUGCUACGGUCAGUCAAGACAAUGAUAAUGACGAGGUAACUAAUGUUACCAGUUCUACUGCGAGUAAUUUGAUUAACAAAAGACAGGCACAACCCGCUGUGACCAGUAACACUGAGCAAUAA